AUGGCAACCAACGGUGAGCGCGCGCCAGAUGCGCUGAACAAGGCCAUGCAUACUGACACCGGUCAACCUGCACUAGCUUGGUCCGUCGAGGCCGUGGUCGCAUCGAUCCCCGGUGGAGCACCCCCAACCCAUUCCACCUCGCCCAUCCCCUUCUUCCACAUCCUCGAGCGUCUCAAGACCACCAAGCGGGAAGGAUGGCGCCGAUUCGGCAUCAGCCACCUCUUCUCUUCAAAUCACAAACUAACCACCAACUCCAACCUUCCCUCCAGAGGCGAGUCCAUCUCCGACCACAUGUACCGCAUGUCCAUCAUGACCAUGCUCGCUCCAGCCUCCCUCACUGCGAAGCUCAACAUUCCCCACUGCACCAAGAUGGCCCUGGUCCACGACAUCGCCGAAGCCCUGGUUGGCGACAUCACCCCCGUUGACGGCGUAGCGAAGCCCGAGAAGAGCCGCCGCGAGAGUACCACCAUGGACUACUUCACCAAGAGCCUACUCGGUCGCGUCAAUGGAGGCAUUCCGGGCGAAGAGAUGCGGGCCAUCUGGCAGGAGUACGAGGACUCGCUGACUCCCGAGAGCCAGUUCGUGCACGACGUCGAUAAGAUCGAGCUUCUGCUGCAGAUGAUGGAAUACGAGCGUGUCCACGAGCACAAGCUGGACCUGGGCGAGUUCGCGUGGGUCGCGACUAAGGUGGUCAUGCCAGAGGUUAGAGAGUGGAGUGACGAGCUGCUCAAGGAGCGAGAGCUUUUUUGGGGCGACAGGGCGCAUAGGCAUGAGCAUGAUAGGACCGACGAGGUUCAUCCAGGCAGGGUUGAGUACUACUCCAAGCCGGAGCCCAAGCGCUCUUAG